AGCGAGUGACCUGUUAGCGGCUGUGCGUGCAGACCCCAGGAGAUGAGGGCCCUGCUCCUGACCCUUGGCCUCGUUGCCUCCCUGCAGGCCCAGGUCGCCCCAGUCUUGGACAGCUCAACUGAGGACGUGUCAGGAAAGUGGUAUCUGAAGGCCGUGACCACAGACCAGGACGUUCCCGGGAAGGAUCAGGAGUCGGUGCUGGCCAUGACCUUCAGCAUCCUGGAGGGGGGUGACCUGGAGGCCAAGGUCACCUCGCAGGCUGAUGGUCGGUGCCAGGAGACGAGCCUGUUCCUGGAGAAAACCGACGAUCCCGGCAGGUACACGGCCUACGGAGGCAAGCGUGAGGUGUUCAUCUUACCGUUGCGGGUGCGAGACCACUUCAUCCUGUACUGUGAGGGCGAGCUGGCUGGGCGGCAGAUCCGCAUGGCGAGGCUUCUGGGAAGAAACCUGGAGAACAGUCCGGAGGCCUUGGUGGAAUUCACGGAGUUCGCAAAAGCCCAAAGUUUGAACCUGAAGAUCUUCAGGCCCCUGCAGAGUGAAACUUGCUCUCCCUGAGGAAACUAGGGGCAGGGGGCACCGAGGUGCCACGGCAGCCCCCGGGCAGCACCUUCAGGAGCGUCCACCCUGCAGGACGUGGAAGGAGCCCUGUCCCUGGGGCACGGGCUGCUGCACCCCCUCCCCCCCAGCUCCCCACCCCUCUCCUGGCUUCAAAUAAAGAGUUUCAGCAUC